AUGAACAACACAACUGAUUCCUCUGGAUUCCUUGGUUCCAAUGACAUCAAUGGCUUUGGCUAUGGCAUAGGAAUUUCAAUUGGAAUUCUCUUACUCAUCACAACCAUCACACUCACUUCCUACUUCUGCACAAGGACACAGGCUCCAACUGCUCCAGCUUCAAGGAGAAGCAUCCCUAUGUUCCUGGAACCACGACAUUCAAUAGUUGAUGUUGGCCUAGAUGAAGCAACAAUUCUGAGUUAUCCAAAGAUGCUCUACCCUGAAGCCAAGCUCAGAAAAUCUGAUUCAACAGCAACAUGUUGUUCCAUAUGUCUAGCAGAUUACAAGGCUACUGAUAUGCUUAGGGUAUUGCCUGAUUGUGAGCAUCUAUUCCACCUCAAGUGCAUAGACCCUUGGUUGAGGCUUCAUCCUUCUUGUCCUGUCUGUAGAACUUCUCCAAUCCCAACACCCCUCUCAACACCUCUGGCUGAAGUGGUUCCAUUAGCAAGCAGGCGAGAUUCUUAG